AUGCACUUCGAUAACGAGAAGAGUGCUUUCGUGUCCUUCUUUCUUCACAUUCGAUGUCAUGUGUCCUUUCACGAUUAUCAGAAAACUCAGAGCUCUAGACCUCCGGACCUCCGGGGCCUCGUCUGCACGACAACGCCUCUUGUGCGCUGCUUUGCCGACCCAUGCCAGGUCAAUAAGUGCCCUGCCUUCCCCGCCGCCACGUGUCAAGCCAACUAUUGCGGCGGUUGCAACGCGGACUGGUUCGUGAAGGGCCACAAGGUCGACUGCAACGCCUCUUCCCCGACCACUCCCCCGACCUGCCGCCAGGGGGGUAACAUCAAGCCAAUCGACUGCCCUGCGGGUUACACCUGCCACCUGACCCCGGUUACGACGCCCCUCUCAAAUCCUGACGCUGGGAGACGAGGUGUCUGCUUGCCUACCGCUCAAGGCCCCGCGCGUGCGCCCGCUCCGGCCCCCGCGCCAGCCACCCCCGCCGGCUGCGGGUGCGAUAACUCGACGUACCAGGUGUGCGGGCAGGACGGUGUGACGUACCAGAACGCGUGCAUGGCCAAGUGCAAGGGGGCGAGCUAUUUCCCGGGGCCCUGCGGUUCGUGCAACUGCCCAACCGACUGGGUGCCAGUGUGCGGAUCCGACAACAAGACGUACAUCAACACGUGCGACGCGCAAUGCCACGGCAUCAGCGGUCCUUACAAGAAGGGGGAAUGCGGCGCCCAGACGAGCUCGUGCGGCUGCUCCAACGACCAGAACCCGGUGUGCGGGUCCGACGGCAAGACGUACAAGAACGCAUGCCUCGCCAAAUGCGCCAAGAAGUCCUACUUCCCAGGAGCUUGCGGCCAGUGCAUCUGUAUCGCUGUCUAUUCCCCGGUCUGUUCUUCAACCGGGGCCCUGUACGGCAACGAGUGCGAGGCACGGUGCCACGGGGCAAGCCCCCCGUUCACCAAACCGGGAACCGGGGGCACGUGUCUCAAUGCGCCCAGCAGCGGACUGGAGGCUAUAGUGAGCUCAAGACAAGCAAUCUGCUGCGCAUGA